AUGAAAGUUGCUUCCAUCACCACGCCUCUGCUUGCUGCCGCGGCGCUUGCCGAGAAGCACCACAGAUGCAAUUGCUGCGUAGGCGGCAAGAUUUACGAGGACUACAACCGAGUGGCGUGCGAGGACUGGAGCGUCAUGUUUCCCAACAGUCAUUGGGACGACAGCAUCAAGGCCUGCGUUGAUCCCGGCACCUUCCGUGGGAUUGACUGGAACAGAUGGUCGAGACAGUGCAGAAAGAUAGGCGUUGACAAGUACCACUACCCUUACAUCGACAUACAUGCCUGCUGCUAG